UUAUUUACAAUAUGGCGACGCCCAUAAAACAUGCGCUUAAGUUUGAAAUCGUCGCCGAAUGCUCAGUCACUAAAGCUAGGGCUUCCGUUUUAACUCUUCCACAUGCAGUUAUUGAAACACCUGUGUUUAUGCCGGUGGGCACACAAGGGACCCUCAAGGGUCUUGUGCCUGAACAAAUUGAGGAGCAGAAAUGCAACAUGAUUCUUGCGAACACUUACCAUCUCGGCAUGCGUCCCGGGACAGAAAUUUUGCAAAAAGCAGGCGGCCUUCACAAGUUCAUGAAUUGGAAAAAUGGUUUGUUGACUGAUAGCGGCGGUUUUCAAAUGGUCUCUCUUGUCGAACUGAGCGAAGUUACGGAAGAAGGCGUAAGGUUUGUGUCCCCGUACGACCAGCGUGAGAUCAUGCUCAGCCCUGAAAAAUCGACCGAAAUACAGAACACAAUUCACGCCGACAUUAUGAUGCAGCUGGACGACGUCGUCAGCAGUACGAUCUCUGGACCGCGGGUUGAAGAAGCCAUGCACAGGACUAUCAGAUGGCUUGAUCGGUGUAUGGUUGCCCACAAGAAUUCAGCUACACAAAACAUUUUUCCAAUUGUUCAGGGUGGUCUGGAUGCUGCUUUGCGGAAGCAAUGUGCUUUGGAACUGCUGAAACGAGAUGUUGCUGGCUAUGCUAUCGGGGGCCUUAGUGGAGGCGAGAGCAAGGAUGAAUUUUGGCCAAUGGUGGACAUUAGCACAGACUUGCUUCCUAAGAACAAACCACGGUAUCUUAUGGGUGUUGGCUUUGCUGUUGACCUCAUUGUCUGCAGUGCCUUAGGAUGUGACAUGUUUGACUGUGUGUUUCCAACAAGGACAGCGAGAUUUGGCUGUGCUCUGGUAAUGGGGGGCCAAAUAAACCUGAAGAAUACUGAAUUUAGCCAUGACUUUCGCCCUAUUGAAAGUGACUGUCCAUGCUCUACAUGCCAGCAGUACACACGGGCUUACCUGCAUCGCAUUGUCAAGCAAGAGACAGUUGCCUGUCAUCUGGUGUCCAUCCAUAAUGUCAACUAUCAGAUGAGGCUUAUGAAGAGCAUUCGAGACAACAUCAAGGCUGGAACAUUUGUUGACUUUGUGAAGACAUUCAUGAAGACCUAUUAUCCAAAAGGUGACUACCCCAGUUGGGUAACUGAUGCCCUUUCAGCAGUAAAUGUGCAUUUGAACUCCUGAUAAGCUUAUAAGUCUUACCAGCAGCCCUUGCACAUUAUGGGUCCAAUGGAGGUGUUGACAGAGCUGUUUUGUAUAGGGAUGGAUUAAAACACUUUUAAAUUAA